UCUAACUUCCGGUUAACUCUGAGCAGCUUCUCACUCUUGCUCUAAAUAUGUUGUUUUCUGAAGAACCGGUUCAUUUCCAAGUCCCUGUUUUCGAAGGGGGCUUCACUGCCGAUGAAGUCCAGGAGCUUUUGUCUCUCUUUCAAUCAGGACAGUCAGCUAACUCGAUUUCCGGUUCCGAUACGAACCGGUCGGUUUAUUCCGUCGAAGAGCGGAAGCGUCGGAGGAUGAUAUCGAACCGGGAAUCAGCCAGGCGGUCUAGGUUACGAAAGAAGAGGCAUUUGGAGAACCUCGCGGACGAAGUGAAAAGACUAAGGAUAGAGAACCGGGAACUGAAGAACCGGUUGUGCUUGGUUUCUCAGCAUUACCACUUGAUGCAAAGAGAGACGGACCGGCUCCAAACCGAGUCAUUUCAUCUCCAACUAGGACUGGCCGGUUUAUGCCAAAUCUUGGCCACCAUGCAGCCCCAAUGACUCGCUCACUAUUCUUAACUAAAUCAUCAAUGCCUUAAAUAAUCUCUAAACUCUCUCUCUCUCUGUCUCUCUCUCUCUCUAUUUGUAUAUGUAUGCAUGUAAAUUAAACCUAGGUCCUGGGAGUAAUUAGGAAAAGGUUGCUACUUUUGGCUGAUAAUUGGAUAAUUAAAGUUGGCGCUGCAGAAAAACAUGGUGGUUUUGAGUCUUUUGACACACACUAGAUGCUAAUCCUUAUAAAUUAAAAGUUAAAUUUUGCUUUUUCUC